AUAUUAAGUAAAAAAUAAAACAAAUUACAAAUUUUGCGAAAACUCAGAACCAUUUUCAACUGCCACAAAAAAUCUAUCUAGCGUAUCAAAAUUCUGGUGGCCUGAUGGACGUAAUUAUCGAUCACAUUUUGCAUUUUCUACAAUUCGAUGUGACCAGCAUUUUCACAAAAGGCGACGAUAUGAUGCAAUGUGACGAAGAUGUGGAUUUUGAUGACCCAGAUAACCAAUUGACGGAUUUUUGCGAGGAACUGAAGCAGAUGGAGAUUGAAGAGAAUGAAUGCUGUAGCAAAUCAAAACAGUCACAAGUAAGGCGGAGUGAAUGUGCGGCAGAAAGUGAGUGCCUGUUGGAUGACGUGAAAGAUGAGCCAGCCUGUGAAGAAAAUAACGCAGAUCCGAUGGCAGGUGGUGACAAAUGCACUUGUGAGGCUGUGUGCAAGCGGGAUGUGUCAAAAAUAGCUGAUAAAUGCUCGUCGUCGACAUUGUUGGAACUGCAUUGCAUUGAGGAGCGGGCUGUCAAAUUAUGGGAGACACUCCACUCGCAUAUGCGCAAUAAUAAUUGCGGAAAGCUUCCCAACUGGUGGGAUCUAAAAAGUUGGCAGAAACUGCCAUUCUACUGGGCUGCACUUUCCAAUGAGAUACUCUGCGAUGAUCCUUUCGAGAAUUUCAAACAAUUUUACAUAGGCAACAAAAAGUCAAGCAAGCGCAUCGCCAAACAUCAAUUAGAUCGGACGCUCGUAAUGUGGCACCGAUUAAGUGUCAAGCAGCGGCUACCCUUCGUCAUGGAGGCUUUCAUUAGCAAGGUAGGAGCGGGCAAGGUGAACAUCGCCGACGAGCAUGAAAUUCAUCGCAUCAUCUGUGACUUGCAAAACAAAUGAGUGUGGUUCGGGUGUGGUAGCUAUCGAACGGAGGAUCACACCCACCAGCGUCCACACUUUUGCACCAUUUUUUGUGAUUAUGAGUAUACGAGGAUGUAUGUAUGUAUGUAUGUAUGUGUGUAUCAGUGAAAUAUUUGAAUUUAAAUCGAAGAAGUGCAUGUAAGUGAAAUAAAUGUGUGCGUCUAUGUGAUGUUCAAAAAUAUUGGGGAAGAAAAUUA